CCUACGUGUGGCUAUUGUUGUGAUAAGCCUUCCGUUUCGCUUGAACACUCUAACCCUCGGGUAUGGGCCAGUAAUGGAAUCGUUUCAACGUCCCUUCGAAAUCAGACAAGCCAGUCGAACACCAGCCAAUUAAAUAGCAUUCACCUAAUUAUCGAUCCUCAUUAUCUUGGCCCAGAUGAUUGGAAAGAAAGGAAGAUUCGCGUUGACAUUGCGCGUGCUUAGCUGCGCUUCCCCGGCACCUUGCGACAUCGCAACGUCAAACGCUAACAAGCAAGCGAUAGGAUAACAGAAACCCUCUCAGCUAUUUAACAGGCAUGCGACUACAGUGUCACAUGUCGGGCCCAAGCUUCUUCCAAAGAACCGCACAUCUGAAGUAAGCAAACAAUGCCUCCUUUCAAGUCGUUCGACAAGUCCUUUGCUCGGAUAACGGGUCCAGAUCCUGAACUCCAACUACUGCUCCAAAAAGAUUAUCCGUUCGCCUUUGAAGCCGGCAUAUACUUCCCCACCUCACGCGAACUAUUUGUGACCAGCAGCCCAUUCGACGAUGCCCAUGGCAAGACUGUACAUAUCUCAAAAAUCACGCUCGGUAGCAAAAAUGACGGAGCACACAUAAACCAGCAGGUGCUACCAAAUGGAAGAAUUGCUAUGGCAAACGGGGGAACCAAAUGGGGGAAGGAAAUGAUCUUCUGCGCACAAGGCUCGUUGGCUUUACCGAGCGGUCUGUUUGCGGUAUCUGAGUCGCCACCUCACGAUCAACGACUGAUUGUCUCGGAUUUCUACGGAAGACCUUUCAAUUCGGUCAACGACGUUGUCGUACACAGUGACGGUAGUAUAUGGUUUACAGACCCAGCAUACGGCUUUGGAGAAGGUCACAGACCGCGACCACGUCUACCUAAUCAAAUAUACAGAUACGAUCCCAAAAAUGGGGCCAUUCGUGUAGUAGCAGAUGGUAUUGCGCACCCAAAUGGCCUCUGCUUCUCUCCCGAUGAAACCAUCAUGUACAUCACCGAUACAGACUUCGUAUGGGGAGAUGGGACAGAAGACGAAUCCCGGGCAUCAACUAUAUAUGCUUUUGACAUAAGCCUUUACUCUGGACAACCUUUCCUUACGAACCGUCGAGUUUUUGCUAUGGCUGAUACUGGAUACCCUGAUGGUAUUAAGUGCGAUUCAAAUGGGAACGUGUACAGUGGCUGUGGUGAUGGAGUUCACGUUUGGUCACCUGGUGGUGUAUUGUUAGGAAAGAUCUUAGUGGAUGGUGGUGUGGCCAACUUAUGCUUUGGAGGGAUCGGUGAACUCUUCAUCUUGAACGGGACCAAACUUUGGCGAGCAAGAUUAGCAGACUCGACUCAAGGUGCACUUCUCUAAUCUUUUAAUCCUGCAUCGAUAUUGUAUGCAUGCUAUUUGCUGGCACGGAGCAGUCAUUGUAGAUCUUGAUAAUGGCUAAAAGUUUGGGCCUAGUACACGAGACUAGCCAUCAGUUUCAAGUUCGAAACUCGUUGCUCUUUUCCAACAGUGUUAUUCAAACCGGUCGGCCCAGCAGCGAAGUAAUAAAUUUGCUGAUCAGACUCACGGUAAGCUGGCCAUUCUGGUGAUGUCU